AUGCCCGACCUAAGGCCAGGGGCAGGGGAGUGCUGGCCUCUGUCUGUUCUUCUCGGCUCCUCGGCUCAAGCUCCAGCAGGCGCGCAGGCUCCCGCUCAGGCGCCCGCCCGGUCUCGAGAGCUCAGACCGCAAGCGAUGGGAAGACCCCCGUGGGUGCCGCAGACCAUGGACCAGAACGAGAAGCUGGUCGGUGCGCGCGUGCCCCCGCACUUCCUGUCCCUGUGCUUCUUCCCGCCGUGCGCCAUCUCGGGCUACGAACGCGGCGACCCUACCGCCGGCAUCUUCGAAGGCACGGCGCUCACGGCGCUGAUCCUGCAUCUGUGCUGUGGCCUGGGCUGGUGUGUCUCCUUGUUCGCGUGGCAGCCGGAUCCCAACAACAUCCAGGGCGACGGCACCCAGCGCACGGUGGAGAACGAUUGCUUGGCCGGUUGGUUCCUCGGCUUCCACACCAUAGCUUUCUGGGAGACCGGCGACUUCUGCUGCACGCCGGACGACCAGUGCACCUGGGGCUCGGGAGAAGCCCUGCAGGCUCUCGUCGCGCGCGUCUUGCCGACCCUCUGUGGGUGCCCGCCGCUGGACCUCUGCUACGUGAUGUGCGCCUGGCAGCCGAAGCAGGCCAACUUCGCGCGCUCCACGCGGAACCACGGCGGGGGCGCCCCGGGCACGGGCGGCAUGCCCGUGCAGGCGUCCGGCCCCUACCUCCGGCUGCAGGAGGUGCAGCCCGUGCUCUACCCGCUGAUGCAGGGGCAGCUGGUGGCGGCGGCAGCCCCGUCGGCACCCCCGCUGGCCGUGGCGCCAGGGCAGGUGGUGUUUGAGCCAGAGCAGCCGGAGCCGGCACAGGGGCAGGUCGCGAAUCGGGCCGACGAGACGCCGCAGGGCACGAACGGCGGGGCGGGCGGCGACGACGGCCAAUAGGGCAGCUGUGGGCAGACGCCCCAGGGCAACUGUUGGCAGACCCCAGGGCUCGCACGGGUGACAGAGCGCAGCUGCAAUGCGUGCGGAGAGCCCGAGGUCGGUACAGACAGGGUGCGUCUAGCAAAGUUCCAGGUGCCGAACCCCUCCGAUAGGCUUCAAUACAUGUCAGCUGCGGCGAUCUCCCUCUCUCUCUCUCUCUUUUUGCUUACCUCUUCACUACAUCCCCCUUGGCCUUCUGCCUUCCCCGCCUGGCGUGACAGCUUGAGAUGGUGCACUGUGUCGGCGUGAGGGCGCGGGGAUCUGCUGUCCAACGCCAUGCGCAGUUUGCUCCUGCGGCGGACUGUUCACCUAGUCCCCGUCACCACGCAAACCUCUGAAGCCCCUGAGGCUCCUGACGCUCUCGGAAGUUCUGAAGCUCCUGAAGUUUCUGAAGCUCCUGAGGCUCCAAAAGCUUCUGGAGCCCCUGAAGCUCCUGACCCCCCCGAAGCUCCUGAAGCUCCUGAACGUCGGAGUGUUAGCGGCACCGCCUGUCCCAUCACUGAUCUGUUUGCUUCACGACUGCUUGUGCUUAGUUUAUGACUGUGCACCCAUAUUCAUGAACAUCUCGGCAGGCAAGGCUGGGGGCCCAGGAAUUGUCCCGCGUUGCCUCCUUCUCCUUGAGCUGACCGACGGCGCCGCGGACAGUCAGCAAGCUGACAGGCCGCAGUCAGGUGCAGCGGGCUCGGGGGGAUUCAGGUACGCUGUAUAUGUUGCCUCGCGAAGCCUGUGUGUUUUUCCAGUGAUAGCAGAGUUGGGUAGCUUCGCCAUAUAGCGCUUUGAGGCGUUCUCCGACGGCCGACGCGUUUUGAAUGACAUCAUUCUGACA